AUGACGCGCUCAUUUCUAUCGAAGCUGGCGGCCUGCCUUGCAGUUUCCUAUCUGAUCCAGCUCUGCAAAUGUCUAGGAGACACUGACACAAUCACCUGGGGCGGCGAUGUCUCUCGAGCAGGCUAUGAGACCAACCACAAGCUGGAUCCACGGACGAUCGCAAGCGCUGACUUUGGCAAUAUCUGGACUGCCAAACUUCCUGGCAAUUUCAACAACAUCGGAGCAGAGCAGGUCUUGUCUCAACCAUUGGUAUACACAACUGGAGACGGUAUUCAGUAUGUCUUCAUCGCAACCACGCAGAACAACCUCUACAAGAUCAAUGCCAAGACCGGAGAGAUUGUCCAGAAAAGAAAUAUCGGUGUUCCUUUCUUGGCUGCGGACUUGAACAACUGCAAUGAUAUCGCGCCGGCUAUUGGAGUUUCUGGCACUGGAGUUAUCGAUCCAAGUACAGGGCUGUGGUAUUUCACCUCAAAAACAUAUUCUGAACAGUUCCAAGGCACAAUCUUUGGUCCUCAAAAUCCACCAGGUCGAGCAAACGGGCGGUACUACUUUUAUGCAAUCAACACAGUAGAUCUCUCUGAUGCACCCAACUUCCCUCGACCAGUUCAUGGAACUGUCUUCCGCAAUAACAACAGACGCAUGCUAAUCGCAGGUGACCAACAUCAACGACCUGCUCUGCUACAUGUCGGGGAAUACAUUUACACCGGAUGGGCCAGUCACUGCAUCAUGUACAACUACACUGGCGCGAUUAUCGCUUUUCACAAAACGACUGGUGCUAUCGUCGAGGCCUUUGCCACUCAGGGAGGUGCGGAGCCUAACACUGUCCCUGGAGGCGGAAUCUGGAUGAGUGGUGGUGGUCUGGCCUAUGAUGGAGCUGGAAGUAUGUUCUUCUCGACUGGCAAUGGCUACGCCGCUCAACUUCCUGCGAACGGUCACCCUGUCUCGGGACGUAGUCCGCCAACUGCCUUGGAUGAGGCUGUUGUUAACAUGAAGCUUCAUGAUGACGGAACCAUUGAGCCGGUGGACUUUUUUAUGCCUCAUGAGAAAACUCAGCUGGACGGUGCAGACAAGGAUCUCGGCACGACACCCUUUCAACUUCUGCCGUCAACAUUCUCGUGCCCCAACGAUCGCAGGAUCGGCAUGGUCACUGGAAAAUCUGGAAAAACAUAUUGGCUGAAUGUUGACAAUCUAGGAGGCUACCAAAUGGGUCCAAAUAGACUGGACGACGCUAUACAGGUCUUCCAGCACGAGAACUCGGUCUACUCUGGUGCUGGGAUAAUGCCGCUGGGUAAAUUCAUCUACGUGAAUGUCAUCAACUAUUACACCCGGGCUUUUCAAUUCAGCUGCACAGCAAAUGGAGACGGGGCGUUCACAGAAGUCGCCACAGCGGCCGAGAAGAAUGCUCAGAACCUCGGCGUCGGCCACGGUACAACGACCUCUAUCGAUGGUCGCGAAGGAACUGGACUGUACUGGACCACUGACGUGGAAGGGAUAAAUCUCCGUAUCUAUGACGCUACGCCUCCAACCGAUGGUAGCCCGAUGAAGCUCCUCAGGGCUUUCAAUAUCCCAGCAGCUGGAAAAUUUGCAAAGCCUGUCUUUGGAGAUGGCAGAGCGUAUGUCGUUGCAGCUGGCGCACUAUACGCUUACGGAGCACCUGUCAACCUCGCCCUGAACUGCACUUCACCAAUUAGAUUUCCGCGGACUUCAAUCAACAGCACAUCGGACUCCCUCGACAUCAACUGUACCGCCAAUGUCGCCACGACGGUUACAAGCUUUAACGUCUCGGGGAAUCGAAACUUUGUUAUGGAAGGCCUUCCUAAGACCCCGCUGGCUCUGAGCCUCGGGAAGCAAUUCUCAUUCCAGGCUCGCUUUGCUCCCAAACAAGUCGGGUCUCUCUCUAGCGACAUUCUUGUAUCCACUUCGAAUCAAGAAGCAGGGUCGACAUCCACCACUCCAGUUACACUUACUGGCCAAGCAAACUCCGCCGCUGCACUCUUCAGCAUCAAUCCCAUCACCAUCAAUUUCAACAGCACAGUAGGCGCAGGCGAAGUCACAAAGAGCGUCUUCUUCAACAACGAGGGUGACAAUGUGUUGAACAUUAGCUCUGUUCAAUUCUCGGUGGUUUCUGAAACCGGACCAUGGCUUGCUCCGAAUACCACCGAUGAUGGCAAAUUGCAGGUGGCUCAGUUCUCCUUUUCUGGCCUCCCGAAAAGCAUUCCUCCCAAUGGUAGACAGCCAGUCAGCGUGGCAUACAACCCUCCCGCGGCGGGUAACCACGCUGUCUUCGUGAAGACAACCACAGAUGGAGGUGCCAAAGUACUGGACAUCUUCGGAGCCACGGGGAGCGACCCGGUAGCACUUUUCGAGUUCGAGAGAGCUGAUGGAACGGGCUGGGACCAGUACACGCCUGACAGGAACUUUACUUUUGGCAAAGUCGCUCCGGGGGAAGUCCGUCGCUUAGUCAUGCGCAUCACAAACAACGGGUCUUCCACAGCAUCUCUGCUUGGGUUGACGGUCUCUAAACCUCCUUUCGGCGUUCCUGGAUUCGUACGUGCUGCCAACGGUAUUGAUCUGGCGGAAGGKACCCAAAUCGCGGCGGGACAAUCGGCCAAUGCCACAGUCUUCUGUGCGCCUCCAGAGCGCCAGCUCAACACCCCUGCGACGUUUGCCACGGCCGGGUGGAGAAUCAACACCAACAACAACCAAGGAGCUGUCAUUCUGAACUUUGACUGCAAUGCUGUCUCUCCGCAAGUUGGACCGUUGUUGUCCAAUGGAACUGCUCGGGUCGGCUAUAUUGGCUGUUACCAGGACUACAUCGACCGCAGGCAGCUCGCCUAUAGUCCAUACAACAAUGACAACAAUACCGCUGAGAAUUGUAUCAAUACAUGUKCGCAAGGAGGCUACACUUUCUCUGGUACAGUCUUCCGCAGCGAAUGCUGGUGUGGUCACGCUCUACCCCUGAAACGCGGAACAGACGAUGAUUGCAACUUCCGCUGCAGUGGAGACGACAAGCACGCAUGUGGUGGUGAUGGAGUUACCCGAGACAUGAACAUGAUAUCCCUUUUCGCUGACUCCAAGUCGUGGGAUGGAGUUACGCAAGGCCCACCUUUGGAGAUGACUUCCAACAGCGGAGCUUAUGCCUACGCCGGCUGCUAUGCUGAGACGAAUGGCAGAACCUUCAACACAAAGAAUCAAGUCAGCCAGAUCAACACCAUCGAUAACUGCAGGGCCUUCUGCGGUGGCUCGCAAUUUUUCGGUCUGCAAUAUGCAUCUGAGUGCUACUGCGGAGCGUCGAUAUCGAGGACCUCCUCUCUUUCCCUGGAUUCCGAAUGCAGUAUGACUUGCAAGGGUAACAACAGCCAGUACUGUGGAGGUCCCAAUCGGAUGCAGGUCUACCAACUCAACUCCACAUCAAGCUCGUCCACCUCCUCCGCAGCAUCGCCCACUUCAACUUCUGAGCCUGACAAUGGAGGAGUGUCGCAACAGAUCGGAGCAUACCGGUACCAGGGAUGUUACAACGAGGUUGCCGGAGCCAGAGCACUUUCUGUCAAACAGAGAUACAACGACGAAGAUACCACUAACAGGGUAUGUGCUGCCUUCUGCGCCGGCUCCACGUAUUUCGCUACUGAGUACGCAAGAGAGUGCUAUUGCGGCGACGACCUCGACCCAGCUUCACUUCCUGUUAUGGAUGGGCGUUGUUCCAUGCCAUGUAAAGGAAAUGAGACCGAGAUCUGCGGAGGACCCAAUGGUCUGACACUAUUCAAGCUCCAGACUAACACCACCUCCACCGCUUCCACGAGCUCUACGACGUCGACAAAGACUACUGAGCCUUCAUCAUCCGCGAAUUCAACAUCCGAUUUGACUUCUACUUCGACUGCAUCAUCGACAUCUACGACUGCCUCGGCCACCCCUUUAACCUGUCCAGAAUCGAACGGUACCACCUACAUCUCGAGUGCGAAGACCUUCCUGAUCGAAUGCGGCACAGACUACCAGGGCAAUGAUUUGAAAGCCGUGGAAGUCGGUCCGAACAAUCUCAAUCAAUGUAUUGAUGCAUGUGCGACUACUCCAGGAUGUGUGACUGUAGCAUUGUCGGGUGCUGCAUGCUACAUGAAGAGUGCUGUAGGGAAUACAGUAUCGAGCGGGGUCUGGGGCGCUAGAAUGAUCGCUGUCACCCCCUUUUCAACGGCAGUGGAUACGACUGCUUCUUCGACCACAUCAACCUCGACGGAUGCAACUAGUACUUCAACUUCAUCAGCCGGAAGUAUCUCAACGAGCGAGACUUCUUCUUCGACACUUGAUCCGUCUACGAGCACGUCUGAGUCUUCUCUGACAACAGGCUCCAGCACUACAACAAGCAGCACUGCCAAAAUUAGUACCACAACCAGCAGCUCAACCACGUCGAAUAGCGAGACGAGCACGACCGCGAGCUCUAGUAGCACCCAGAGCAGUUCGACUACAUCGAGCGACAUUAUGACCAGUACAUCUAGCAGCACAACAACCACACCAGAGACAUCUACCACAAAAUCAUCAUCCAGCACGACUUCUUCAUCUGGUCCAACUGUCGCUCSAACCGCCGGAAUCUACUACUCACUAGGAUGCUACAGCGAAGAGCCCAACGGCCGCGCCCUAUCAGAAAUCUACCGCAACGACGCCAUGACAAUCGAAAUGUGCGCCAAAGAAGCCACUCGUCGRCAAUUCGACUUCUUAGGCCUAGAAUUCGGCACGGAAUGCUGGAUGGGAGAUUCCAUCGCGGAAGAAGCACAGCCUCUCAUGCAAGACCAAUGCAAAAAAGCCUGUCCAGGGAACAAGAACAAUUGGUGUGGUGGCGAUUCGACCUUGCAGAUGUAUAGACUCAACGCUACGCUUGCGACUCCCAAGACUCCUACUCCAAUUGGACCGCUCAGUUGUCCCGAGGCCGAUGAUACGGUGUGGAUGACGGAGGAUGGGAAGUCUCGAUUCCGGAUCGAGUGUGGAUGGGAUCGUGAUGGUGGGUCUCAGGGUCGAGUUACGGCGGCGACUUAUGAGGAUUGUUUGAACGCUUGUGCAACGACUUCUGGUUGCAAGAGUGUUGCUCUAUUGGGGAAUAAUUGUUAUUUGAAGACUGGGAAGUUAGGAACCCCUGAACGUAAUUCGGACAUCAGGGGUGCGACAUUGCUUACGAAGUGA